CUGUUUAAAGCGGCCAUGGCUCGUUCCUCGGCAAAUCCUCUGCAAAUGAGAGUAUUGAUACCUUCAAUUGGUGAAUGCGAGCAGUGCAACGAAAGAAGAACGAUGUCCAGCACCGUCGAGAGAUACCAGAAGCUGGGCAUGAGGGAAUCGUUACCCAGAGUCCACCGAUACCCAAUUACCUGCAAGGAGCUCAGCUUCAUUCUCAGAGCCGCUUAUCAUGAGCUCCCCAAGAAUCUCAAGUCCACCGUCCUUGACGACACCCUCGCCGCCUUUCGUCUCCUUCCCGAAAUGAAGACGCAGAGUGCUGUCUUAUCAGCUACUUUGCUUGCUCAGGCUGUGGCUGCUGCUUUGCCAAAGCAGAAGAAGAAUAUGGUUCUGACAGAAUUCAAACAUGCAAAAAUUGCUCAUAAGAAGCAAUGCAAAACACGGCAGGAAGAAAAAGAAUCUUCCCAGCUACCACAAGACGUUCUCCUGCAUAUCUUCGGUUACCUAGAUUUUUCAUCUCUGAUGGCUGCCCUGCUUGUCUGCUGGUCAUGGAAUUACGCUGCGAGUGAUAACUCUCUCUGGCACUCUUAUUAUACAAGAGUUUUCCCUCGUGCUGAUAAUAGUUUGAAAACCAAUCAUCAGCAAAAUAAGUCACUGUACCAUGAUCGGCAAGAAACACCUACGCCCAAGGGAACAGCUAUGCCCUAUAUUGACUGGAGGGAGGCCUUUAAAAGAUCAUAUAUAGCCAGUUCAGGGAGGAAUAUAAUCUGCGAGAGAGGAUAUUGUAAGCAUUGCAGGACUGUCGUUUGGCUCAAUGGUAUCAAUUGCUCAAACCAUGGGGGAGCUAAAUCGAGCAAUAAUGAAAUUAAGCCUGUGUCACCCCAACAGGUGGUUGAUUAUCUGCUCGAUGAUUUCUGUUCUUGGGAUAGCGACGAUGAUGAUAGUGAUUUGGAUGAUCAGUCGGUCUCCAAGUUAUGGGCCUAUCCCAGAGCUACUACAUCCUAGAGGGUACUCAUAGUCCUCCUUGAGUCCAGGGUUUUAGGAAAGACUGUCAAUAAGGAUGAAUCUCUCUCUUCAUGGCCCCUGAAGCUGCGCAUCUCUGGGUCGAUCAUCUAAGAAUGUGAAAGCCAUUGGUUUUGUGGAAAGGAAAGCAAAAGGCAAUUGGCAUCAAAA